UGAAGUUUAUCCAUGUGGAAUGUGUUUGCUUUAGAGGAGGGCCAUCGGAUCAGGCUCUGUUGUUCCCCAGAUGGCUGACGGAGCCAGUGCAGCAGGAAGGAAAAGCACGGCAAGCAGGGAGCGCUUGAAGCGCAGCCAGAAAAGCACCAAGGUGGAGGGGCCAGAGUCCGUGCCGGCCGAGGGCUCGCUGAGCGCCGAGCAGGGAACCAUGACGGAGGUGAAGGUGAAGACGGAGCUGCCGGACGACUACAUCCAGGAGGUGAUCUGGCAGGGUGAAGCUAAGGAGGAGAAGAAGGCGGUCAGCAAGGACGGGGCUGGGGACGUGCCCGCCGAGAUCUGCGUGGUGAUCGGUGGAGUGCGCAACCAGCAGACCCUCGGGUCCUAUGAAUGUGGAAUCUGUGGCAAGAAGUACAAGUACUACAACUGCUUCCAGACCCACGUACGGGCACACCGAGACACCGAAGCCACCUCAGGGGAGGGAGCCUCCCAAGGCAACAAUUUCAGGUACACAUGUGACAUCUGUGGGAAGAAGUACAAAUACUACAGCUGUUUCCAAGAGCACCGAGACCUGCACGCGGUGGAUGUGUUUAGUGUGGAAGGGGCCCCCGAAAAUCGGGCAGACCCCUUCGACCAAGGCGUGGUGGCCACUGAGGAGGUGAAGGAGGAGCCUCCGGAGCCAUUCCAGAAAAUCGGGCCAAAAACCGGCAAUUACACCUGUGAAUUCUGCGGAAAGCAGUACAAGUACUACACUCCCUAUCAGGAGCACGUGGCCUUACACGCCCCCAUCAGUACCGCCCCCGGGUGGGAGCCACCGGAUGAUCCAGACACGGGCUCUGAGUGUUCACAUCCAGAGGUGUCCCCAUCUCCACGCUUCGUGGCAGCGAAGACCCAGACGAACCAGUCGGGGAAAAAAGCUCCGGCCUCCGUGGUCCGAUGUGCCACCCUCUUACACCGCACCCCUCCAGCCACCCAAACCCAGACGUUCCGCACUCCAAAUUCAGGAUCUCCAGCGAGCAAGGCGACCGCAGCAGAAAGCGCUUUCAGUCGGAGAGUAGAAGGCAAAGCACAAAACCACUUUGAAGAGACGAAUAGCAGCUCCCAAAACUCCAGCGAAACUGCAAGUCCCCUGAUUUCCAAUCCUUUCCCUCUCCUACAGAAACCCUACACGUGUGGCGCCUGUGGGAUCCAGUUCCAGUUCUACAACAACCUGCUGGAGCACAUGCAGUCCCACGCAGCGGACAAUGAGAACAACAUCGCCUCCAACCAGUCUCGGUCACCGCCUGCUGUUGUGGAAGAGAAGUGGAAACCCCAGGCCCAGAGGAAUAGUGCCAAUAACACCACAACCAGCAGCUUAACCCCCAACAGCAUGAUCCCCGAGAAGGAGCGGCAGAACAUCGCAGAGCGGCUGCUGCGGGUCAUGUGUGCCGACCUUGGUGCCCUGAGCGUGGUGAGCGGGAAGGAAUUCCUCAAGCUGGCCCAGACAUUGGUGGACAGCGGGGCCCGCUACGGGGCCUUCUCCGUCACUGAGAUCCUGGGUAACUUCAACACGCUGGCGCUGAAACACUUGCCGCGCAUGUACAACCAGGUGAAGGUGAAGGUGACGUGUGCCUUGGGCAGCAACGCCUGCCUGGGCAUCGGCGUCACCUGCCACUCGCAGAGUGUCGGCCCCGACUCCUGCUACAUCCUCACGGCCUACCAGGCGGAGGGCAACCACAUCAAGAGCUACGUGCUGGGCGUGAAGGGGGCCGACAUUCGUGACAGCGGCGACCUGGUGCACCACUGGGUGCAGAACGUGCUGUCGGAGUUCGUGAUGUCAGAGAUCAGGACCGUGUACGUGACGGACUGCCGGGUGAGCGCAUCCGCCUUCUCCAAGGCCGGCAUGUGCCUUCGCUGCUCAGCCUGUGCCUUGAACUCGGUGGUGCAGAGCGUGCUGAGCAAGCGGACGCUGCAGGCCCGCAGCAUGCACGAGGUCAUUGAGCUGCUCAAUGUGUGCGAGGACCUGGCCGGCUCCACCGGCCUGGCCAAGGAGACCUUCGGGUCGCUGGAGGAGACCUCGCCGCCGCCCUGCUGGAAUUCGGUCACGGACUCGCUGCUCCUGGUACAUGAGCGCUACGAGCAGAUUUGCGAGUUCUACAGCCGGGCCAAGAAGAUGAACCUCAUCCAGAGCCUCAACAAGCACCUGCUGAGCAACCUGGCGGCCAUCCUGACGCCCGUGAAACAGGCCGUCAUCGAGCUGAGCAACGAGAGCCAGCCCACGCUGCAGCUGGUCCUGCCCACCUACGUGCGGCUGGAGAAGCUGUUCACGGCCAAGGCCAAUGACGCGGGCACCAUCAGCAAGCUGUGCCACCUGUUCCUGGAGGCGCUCAAGGAGAACUUCAAGGUGCACCCGGCACAUAAGGUGGCCAUGAUCCUGGACCCGCAGCAGAAGCUGCGGCCCGUGCCGCCCUACCAGCACGAGGAGAUCAUCGGCAAGGUGUGUGAGCUCAUCAACGAGGUGAAGGAGUCCUGGACCGAGGAGGCCGACUUCGAGCCCACCGUCAAGAAGCCGCGCUCGGCCCCCGGCGAGAACGCCGCAGCUCAGGAGGACGAUCGGCUGGGGAAGAACGAGGUAUACGAUUACCUGCAGGAGCCCCUCUUCCAGGCCACCCCCGAUCUCUUCCAGUACUGGUCGUGCGUCACCCAAAAGCACACAAAACUCGCCAAGCUGGCCUUCUGGCUCCUAGCGGUUCCGGCCGUCGGGGCCAGGAGCGGUUGUGUAAAUAUGUGUGAACAAGCUCUUCUCAUCAAAAGGAGGCGACUGCUCAGUCCAGAAGAUAUGAACAAACUCAUGUUUCUGAAAUCCAACAUGCUUUAAGACUUGACUCAGAGCAAAGAGAAAAGAGAGAAAAAGGAAAAAAUAAGAGACCACUAG